CAGCUCGACCAGCUGUACACCCUUCAUGCACAACUUUGCCAUCCGGGGGUCACCCGAUUUUACCAUUUUGUGAAAGCUCGGAACCUGCCGUACUCCCUGGAGGACAUCAGGACGAUGACCAGGGACUGCCAAAUUUGCGCUGAGUGCAAACCGCACUUCUACUGUCCUGACACGGCACAACUUGUCAAGGCCACCCGCCCUUUUGAACGACUGAGUGUUGACUUUAAGGGCCCCCUUCCCUCCACUGACCGCAAUGUCUAUUUUCUCAGUGUUAUCGACGAGUACUCACGGUUCCCCUUUGCCAUCCCCUGCCCCGACACCACUGCCACGUCCGUCAUAAAAGUCCUGCUCCAGCUCUUCACUCUGUUCGGGUAUCCCUGCUAUAUCCACAGUGAUAGAGGGUCCUCCUUUAUGAGUGAGGAGCUGCGCCAGUACUUGCUAGCUAGGGGCAUUGCUACCAGUCGGACCACGAGUUAUAAUCCCCGGGGUAAUGGCCAGGUGGAGCGGGAGAAUGCCACAGUGUGGAAGGCCACACUUUUAGCCCUUAAGUCAAAAGGGUUGCCGGUCUCUCGAUGGCAGGAGGUCCUCCCUGAGGCACUGCACUCUAUCCGCUCUCUGUUAUGUACGUCCACCAAUGCCACCCCUCACGAACGCCUAUUCUCUUUUCCCAGGAAGUCUGUCACUGGGACCACCCUACCAGUUUGGCUGAUGUCCCCGGGGCCAGUGCUGCUCCGGAAACAUGUGAGGAGCAAUAAAUACUGCACGCGACUGCGAAUCACAACUCACGAUGGAAUUACGGUGGAAAAUUACAUGCACCUUGCAUCGAUAAAUACUGUCCAACUACCAGCAAUGAACCUUUAUAAGGGCAAUCAUGCAUAG